ACCGACAAAUUGUUAUUGGGUGUUCAGAUAGACAUUGGACAUUUUCAUGAUUUGGACUGAUUCAAAUUUCAUUUUGUUUUUUCGCUGAUAUGGAACGGAGCUUACAGUCAAAGAAAAACGACGAAUUUGGAGUGGCCAAUUACAGCUCUGAAUCCGGUGACAAUAAUGAGAGAGAACUUCAUAUAUCACAAGACGUUAAAGUUAAGGACCCCAGUGAGGCGAAUUUUAAAGAUAUAAUUCGUGGCAUAUCCGAAGCUCUGAAUAGUGCAGCUGAUAACUUUGAAGAAUGUACUCAAACUCUAGAGACUUCAAUGAAACAUGUCAACGACUUAGUUGAAAAGGCAAAAUCACUUGAAACGAAGCUAAGAAACAAGAAAUGCUUCCUUAUUGAUCACUUUCAAACAGUUUUCUCGAAUUUAGAGGAGGAUCGUCAUCUCGAGAGCUGAGAUUUUUAUUCAUUCAUUUUAAAUCAUGCAAUAAAGCUAACCAAUAAAAGUUAAAGUUUCCAGUUUCAACCAUUAUGCCUUGUUUGCAUGCGAAAUUUGAU